AUGAAUAUGUUGGAUGAUGAAGAUGACCAAAGCUUUCACGCUACGCGUGACGGAUACUCCCAUUUGAGCGAUGUCGAAUGGGAUGCGGUUGAACGAAUGGGUUCAGCCAUGGGCAUCCAUGCUGUUAGCGUCAUGCUAGAGGCUCUCAAUAGAGAUGCCCAACAUGCUACUAUCGCCAAGUUCAUUCAAAUGAACUUGACGCCGAACGCGAGAAAGUAG